AUUUACCUAUUUUAAAACACCCGUACUCAGUUUUAGCGCAUAUAAAAUGUACACGCUUUAUACUGCCUUUAAUAUCGCUCGCCAGACCCAGCACUCUGAAUGUAAACACGUCCAGACAUGACGCAUGCGCACUCGGCCAAACGCACUCGUAUGUUGGGACAUUGUGCAGAUUCAAGCCUGAAAAUGGGGGACAAACAGCAAUAAAAGUCUGCAGAAACACCCUUGUUGAUAUCGACUCUAUAAGAGCCAUGGUUCAUGGGGUAGAGGUUUUCCUUCGCCAUGAAUAUGCGACCCGAAUGCUUUUCUAAAGCGGGAUUGUACUCAAAUAACUGUGACUUAAGCCAGUCUCAAACAAGACACCCAAUUAGUGUCCAAAGAGAGUUUGGAAAUCCUCUUGGUGACGCUCUUGACGGGACCAGACAACAUCUGAUCUUGGAUAAGAAAGCUGAGCGGACUUCAUUGCCUUUAAAGCCUGGCAGGGAGUUGGCUGUGGCUUCAGAGGCUGGCUCUGUGGGCACAGAAACACUGUCAUCUCAAGCUAAACAAAUGGGGGGUGAAGGCACCCCUGUAAAAAGUAAAACUUCUCUUGGACAGACCAACACCAUUGAUAACAAGCCAGAGUUUGUAUCCAUGAAUUCACAUAGUAAUUCUAGAGACCCUGUGGGUGAGAAAAGCGCCAAGGGGUUAGAGACUAUGGGGGUGUCUAAUGAACACUCGGAGGGCAAAAGGACAAAUAUGAGGAAGAUCACCAGUCAUCCUCAUGCACAAGCCACUUGCCUUAAACAACUGCUUUUGCUUCAGCUGGACUUGAUAGAGCAGCAACAGCAACAGCUGCAGUCAAAGGACAAGGAAAUAGAUGAACUCAAAUCAGACAGAGACACGUUGCUAGCCCGUAUUGAGCGGAUGGAGCGUCGUUUGCAGUUGUUAAGUAAGGAACCACGUGACAAGAGGCUCUUCCAACCACUGGAGAGAUGGGUUCCUGACACAGAUGACUUUUGGGAAUCAGAUUUGGGCGACAGCCCGCAAACUCAUGCCAAGUCAAGUGGAAAAGUGCAAAAAAGGAAGUUAAACAUGUUAGAUACAAAGAUGCAAAGGUCAAGAGGUAAGUCAUCAAGAGUGACACCUCAAAAACUAGAGACAGAAGGGACAUCGCCAUGUCAGCGUGACUUGCGAAACAAGGAGACCCCGGAGAAGAUGAAUGUUGCGAAAUCAUCUGGACAGAUGGACUUGCAGCCAGAGGGAGAAGACAGCAAGGAAACGGAAGAUCUUCCAUACAUGACAACAACUGAGAUGUACCUCUGCUGCUGGCAGCAACCUCCAGCUUCUCCAUUACGGGACGAGUCUCCAAAGAAGGAAGAGGAUGUUGCAAUCCCAUCAUGGAGGGAAAACACCAUGGAACCCCUUCAGGAGGAGGAUGCUUUUGACAUCCCAGAGAAUCUUGAUGAUGGUGUUUUUCUGAAGCGGCACGCAAAGUUAGAACUGGAUGAGAAGAGACGAAAAAGAUGGGACAUUCAGAGAAUACGUGAACAGCGUAUGCUUCAAAGAUUGCAGCAGCGCAUGGAGAAGAAAAAGACAAACGUUCAGGAGAGCGAGCCAGAAUUGUCCUCGUUUUACCCUGAUGUGGACAAUGUGGAGGCCAUCAUGGUAACACCCUUUCUGCCAGUAGUGGCAUUUGGCCGACCUUUGCCCAAUUUGCCUCCACAGAAUUUUGAGCUGCCCUGGCUUGACGAAAGAAGUCGAUGUCGCAUUGAAAACCAAAAGAAACAAACUCCCCACAGGACCUGUAGGAAAUGAGUUAGAUUCUGGCCACGUGUUUGAGUCGAGUACCCCACAGAGGAGUGCUCCUUCAUGUCCAGUAGCAGAACGUGAGGGUUUGUUCAGUCAGGUGACAGAAUAUUAGCCCAUCAUCGUGGUUUUGUGUCCGCCUGCAGUCUCCUCAGACAGAGACUGUUUAGGCGAGAAGGAAAUGGCAGCAUUACAGCUGUGUUUUCAUUUUACUGUGCUGAUAAUAAAGCACGAGCUGCCUGGCUAACUGCUAUUUUAGUUUCCUCACAAUCAGUGUGUGGCCUUGAUUAAAUCCUUUACUUGUAGUCCUGUACUGUGUACUUUCACUGAGGCUAAGUGAUAUUGAUUAUUGCAGGCUCCACUGCAAAUACUGUUUUAAUGUGCACUAAACUGUGGCUAUGGAGUAUUGCUGCACAUUUGCAUGUAAUGCCUCAUUAUUUGUGUUGAGAAUGAGUUUAAAGAGCUUGUUUUGUUUUUGCAAGUGUAAUUGUGCAUGAAUGUCUUGAUAAAUCUUAUGCCUAAAAAUGUACAUAUUUUUGUAAGCAUAGUGUAGUUGUUUAGAGAGAAAAAAAUGGUCAGGAUUAGAGUGAGGAUGCUAAAACGUUUAGAUGAGUGCCCCGAUGUAAAAGCGUUUGUAUUGUUCAGGUGUCUCUGAAGCUGUUCAGCAUCCCAUGCAGGUUUAAGGACAAUGCCCUUAACGUUAUUUUGGAUCAGUUAGUUGGUCUGUUGAUUUUGUUUUUGAUGUACCUCAACCUUCUUGAUGAAAAUACAUUUAUUUUACACCUCCAUUUUCUUAAAACCGUAUCCAUGUUCAGAAGUGUUGCUACGCGUUAUUCAUUUUGCAUUCUGUGCCUCAUGGGAUUUAUUUCAGGGCAUUUGUAAUAUAUUUCCUGAAGUUAUUCUUGUUCUAACUCAAGAGUGAUAACCUGAUUUUGUGUGUAAAUGUGUUGAUUUUUGUGAGCACCACACACAACUUUUCUUUUUUUUCCCUGAAUGUCUACAACUGGACCUCUGUAAAUAUCUGUACUGACACGUUGGCUGUAAAUAAGGAAAACAUUGCUGUUAUUUUUUUAUUUAAUGUCAGAAGUGUUGUUUGUUCAGCAUAGAUAUUAUAUUGAUAGCAUUAUUUACAAAAUAAGAAUUUUUGUUUUUCAAAAAAAAUAAAAACUCACUUUGUGAUUUCUUAAUUGACA